AGCGCCACGUGCAUAUUAAUGAAAACACGUCAUCGUCAUAUGUAACAAUACAUAAGAAGAAGAAUUCUUCUUCAAAUAAGAAUUUCAAAUUUAACUAUGUGAAAAUUGUUUUUUUUUUUUUGCAUAAUUAAUAAUUUUCUUAUUAACUAAUAAAUACUUAAAAAAUGUAACAAUUUUGAAUACAGUAUGGAGAUUGUUCUAACCUAACAUUUACUCUUUAAACGAAUACUAGCAAAAUAUAAAAUAUGAUGUCCAAUGGUAUUUGGGUUUCUACUAAAGAAGUUGGAGGAAAAUCAAUGUCAAAUAAUAUCAAUUGUUCACCAAUAUCAUCCUCAACAUUAAAUUCUCCACUUAUGAAAUUGUCUUCAUACUUCUUAGCUGUACGACCAUGGUCAUUAAGUGCUUCAUUAAUGCCAACACUUCUUGGAUCUGCAUUAGCUUAUCGAUUAACAAACAUAGCAAAUUUUAGCUGGAUAUCUUUUAUCCUCACAGUAUAUACAGUUUUUUGUGUACAUGGAGCUGGUAAUGUAGUAAAUACAUAUUUUGAUUAUAUAAAAGGAGUAGAUAGUCGAAAAAGUGAUGAUAGGAUAUUAGUAGAUCAACUUUUAUCAAAGGAUGAAUUAGUUUCAUUAGGUGCAUUAUUAUAUACAGCAGGAUGUUUAGGUUUUGUUCUAUUAACUACCAUAUCUCCUGCAAAAAUGGAACAUCUUGCACUUGUGUAUUUUGGAGGUUUAUCUUCUUCAUUUCUUUAUACAGGAGGAAUAGGAUUUAAAUAUAUUGCAUUAGGUGAUGUUCUUAUUUUAGUUAUAUUUGGUCCUAUUUCAGUUUUAUUUGCAUUCAUGGCUCAAACUGGUUAUAUUGAAUUAGGUACAAUAUAUUAUGCUAUACCUCUUGCUCUAAAUACAGAAGCUAUUUUACAUAGUAACAAUACCCGAGAUUUAGAGAGUGAUAAAAGAGCAGGAAUAGUAACAUUAGCUAUUUUAAUAGGUCACACUGUAUCUCAUGUUUUAUAUGCUUUUUUAUUAUUCACACCAUAUGUAACUCUGGUGGUGCUUGCAUUAAGGUAUUCUAUAUGGUUUCUGUUACCAGUUAUUACUUUACCAACUGCGUUCAAAAUAGAAAAACAAUUUAGAAGCCCUCAUAUGAUUCAGAGUGUGCCUAAGCAAACAGCUAAAUUAAAUAUGUUUCUGGGCAUUUUAUAUGUUAUUGCUUGUUUACUUGUCGAUCCUCUUCCCUAUCUGUAACAUACUUGUAUAAUUAUUUAAAGAAACUCAGUGAUUCAAAUAAUUAUAUAGGCAGCUAUUAGCCUAUCUAUAUGUAAUUUUAUAUAAAUCUUUCUUUCUUAUCAUUAUAUUUGGAUUGUUAUAAAUUAU